AUGUUGCGGCUUCAUGUGUGCCAGCCUGCUGACGUGCAUGCAGUGACCAACAUCUACCAGUCCAAUGGUGCUUGCCAUGACGAAUGCGCUGCCAACUACGCCUUUGCCAUUGUUCAGUACCAACAGUGCUGGUGCUCCAACUACGCUCCUGCAGACCAGCUUGACGUCUCGCAGUGUAGUCAACCCUGUCCCGGCUACCCCAGCGAGAGCUGCGGUGACAAGGACAAUGGCCUCUACGGCUACAUCAAGCUCAACCUCGAUCCAUCAGGCACCCAAGGUUCCGGCUCAAGCAGUACCUCCACCAGCAGUGCCGCCCAAUCCUCAGAGCAGCAAUCGGUAAGACAUGACUUGAUUUCCCUGANNCCGUUGUGCUUCUACAUAAUCUGCAAAACAACACCCUCGCUGCCCUGCAUAUCAACUGAACCACAUGUCUGCUUAGACGCCCACCUCAUCACCCUCUCCCUCCUCCGCUCAGGCAGCAUCCUCCGUGCAGAGCGAUACCACCGUGUUUACCUCUGUGCCUGUCACCGUGACCGUAAAGCAGAGUGCUUCGGUUGUCGUAUCCUAUAUCACGCCUGUAUGCCUACCCAAAUUCUCUUUCGUCUGCAACCACAUACUGCUUUGCUAUACUCUGCCCACCUUGUUCUUGUGCUAACAGUCAUUCAGUCCUCCUCGAGCAAGCCUACAACAACAUCAUCAUCCUCGACGCCUUCUUCAACACCUUCAUCCACACCAUCAUCAACAUCAACAUCGUUCUCCAUUACCUCUACCCAAGGAGCUGUUGUGACAAGCAGCCCUUCUUCUACUGCUGCUGACUCCGACACCAGUUCACUAUCUCACACUACCUUCGUCAGCACCCGUGUUGUCACUCUUUCAGGCGCUCCUGUUACGCAAACUGUCACAAGUACCGCUGUCGUGACCCCCGGUGCCGGCUCGCUAAAUGAUACAGAACGGAAGGGUGUAUCUGGUGGGACUGUAGCCGGCGCUGUCAUUGGCUCUGUUGCUGGUGUUGCUCUUCUACUGGCGGGUGCAUUCUUUCUUUGGCGCAGGAAACGAUCCGAGACAUCCGAUCCAGAAUCUCCAAGGUCGGGCUCCGGCUCAGGUUCUGCCCGAAGAAGAAUGGAACGCAACACUAGCGUUCUCAGCAAGACCGGCCUACUGUCCUCUGCAGGCACCGCCGUCGACAUGGAAAAGUUCCACGAUGAUUCGGCAACGGGCCACAGAUACCAUGGCAGUGAAUCGACUGCACCAAUCCCUACCAGCCCGGAUGGUGACAGACGUAACAGCCGUCCGCUUGUUUACGAUCAGCGACUGAACCCUGCUGCCUUGAUGCAGCACUGGGAACAAAACGGCAGUCGCGCGAGUAUCGGCACCAUGCAAGACCAACGAGACUACUCUCGACCCUUGGGUGUCACCAACCCCGAUCCAGUCGACGACUGA